ACACUCUAGGCAAACUGAAAUAGUAACUCCAUGAUUCAAACCUCAAACCCCGUGUUCCCCGUAACUCCCCGCAUUCCCCGCCGUCCCCGCUCCUCAGUUAGCAAAACUCACCAUCGUUACCUCUCCUAGCAGUUUUCCUUCUCAGAGCGUCGUCAGGUAGUGCGCAGCAUCCCUCGGUCAUACCCCACCGCCCACUAUUCCUCCUCGUUCAAUCCCUCGCAUAAGCUAAGAUGUCGCAAGGAGCGGAAUCUCACUCCGUGCCCAACUCCCCUAACCCAACCGCGCACGGGAACUAUCAAAAUGGAGAUUUCGAGUCCCACUUCCUGCUUCCCGAAUCCGAGUUGCUGCACUCGCUUCCCGAGGAUAUUCCGCUGGAACACCUAAGAAAGUCUUUUAGCGUCGACACUUUACUAACAGAUUUUCAUCGCGCUGGGCUGCAUUCCGCGAGCCCUUUCACUCCGGGCCAAGCAGUUGCUGCAUCAGCUGCCGACGGGAAAACGGUAGACCAGGGAACGUACCGAGCGGAAGCUAGCGGCAGAACAUUCUCUGAAAUAUCUGAAAUAUCUGAAAUAUCUCGAGAGCACGGUCCGGAAGCUUCCAUGGCGGCAGCGCCUGCAACGGUAGCGGUGGCGCCGCCGCCUCUCUCGGAGUCCAUGAUUCUCGGACCAGGGUUCUCUAUGCCGUUCGCGAACAGCGACGUCGCGAACGGUUUCGCGAAAGGCGAGAGUGCAAGGCUCGCACAAGCGGAGUUCGCGAACAGCUUCUACGAAUCGGGAAAGAAAGCCAGCCACAAAUCCUCCGCUGGUUCCGCUGUCGCCGCGUCUCCGUCUGCUGACGUGGCUACUGCUGACGUGGCCCGAAUAUCCGCGCAACGAGACGCAGUUUUCCGGGGGUUUGAGAUUACAGAGCCGGCGAGAGACGACAAGGAGACGGGCGAGAAGGACAAGUACAUGACGUCCAUUCUGGACGCGUACCAGAAGCUGUUGGAGGAGAGAAGCAAAUACCACUUUGGCUACCCUUACAACCUGGACUUUGACUACGGGGCCUUGGCUGGUCUGCAGCACUUCUCUAUAAACAAUCUCGGGGAUCCCUUUAUCGAGAGCAACUACGGCGUGCACUCCCGCCCGUUCGAGGUGGGGGUGCUCAACUGGUUCGCCCGCCUGUGGGACAUCGACGAGGGCGACUAUUGGGGCUACAUCACCAACUGCGGCACAGAGGGCAACCUGCACGGCAUUCUCGUUGGGCGAGAGGUGUUGCCGGAUGGGGUGUUGUACGCAUCUCGGGAGUCCCAUUACUCGGUGUUCAAAGCUGCGAGGAUGUAUCGCAUGGAGUGCGAGAAGGUGGCGACGCACACGGCUGGCGACAUUGACUGCCGGGAUCUGGCUGCCAAGCUCGCCAAGCACAGAGGGCGACCAGCGAUUCUGAAUGUCAACAUUGGCACCACUGUGAAGGGUGCAGUGGACGAUCUAGACCUAGUCAUUAAGACGCUCCACGAGGCAGGCUUGUCAGACGAUCAGUUCUACAUCCACUGCGACGGGGCUCUGUUUGGGCUCAUGCUGCCAUUUGUCAAGAAGGCCCCCCGAGUAACGUUCAAGAAGCCCAUCGGCAGUGUGUCAGUGUCGGGUCACAAGUUCGUUGGCUGCCCCAUGCCCUGCGGGGUGCAGAUCACACGGCGCCACUUCGUCUCCUCCCUCUCCUCCGACAUCGAGUACCUCGCCUCCCGAGACGCCACCAUCAUGGGGUCCCGCAACGGCCACGCCCCCAUCUUCCUCUGGUAUACCCUCAACAAAAAGGGUUACCGCGGAUUCCGGAAGGACGUACAGCGCUGUUUAAGAAACGCGCUGUAUCUGCACGCGCGGCUGCGGGCGGCAGGGUUUGGAGCGAUGCUGAACACGCUCAGCAGCACGGUGGUGUUUGAGCGACCAGAGGAGGAGGGGUUUGUGCGGCGGUGGCAGCUGGCGUGCCAAGGGAAGGUGGCGCAUGCGGUGGUGAUGCCGAGUGUGUCGCACGAUAAGAUCGACUCGUUUGUGGAGGAGUUUGUGGCGAGCAGGGAGAGGUGCCGACGGGCUCGAGUUGCUGCUGCUGGUGGUGCUGCUGCUGCUGGCGCUGCUAACGCUCCUGCUGGUGUGUCUGGUGGUGGUGGUGCUGCUGCUGCAAAUGGUUCGGCUGCAACCAGCACAGAUGCUCUAAUCAGCGAUGUGUGUGUGGCGGAUGUGCUGGGACCAGAGAACUGCUCGUGUGCCGACCACAUUGCCAUCUGGCGCACUCGAGUGGAGCAGAACGCUGAGAGGAGGCGGUAUAGCUGCUACAGUGAUGCAUCGGGGGAUGACUCCUCCUCACACGGUGGCAGCGCUGUGCAGAGGCUGCUGCAGUGAUUGGAUCCUGGCUAGUGGGUGUAGGCUGUAGUGUAGGGCUUCCUGGUGGUGAUCUAACCAGGUUGGACAAGCCAGGCUGGACAAACCAGCACUGGCAUUGAGUCCCCUGUAGCCUGGGACUCAUUACUAGGGUACAAUAUGCGUCAAAGUGUCCCAGACAAUGCUGUGGGCUUGUCUGAGAGCAGAGCACUGUUGUGAGAUGAGAUGACUGACAAUUCAAGAAAGAGAAGUUGUAAGUUGUAACAUACCUAGGGUUCUAGGGAAGAGGU